UCACUCCAUCAACUUCCAAGCCCCCAUCUCCGCUUCUCUCUCUCCUCUUUCUCUCUCAUGCAAUAACACUUACAGUCACAGACAUCCAUCCACUCUUAUCAAGUGAACAGCUAGAGAGAACCUCUCUCUCUCUCUCUCUCUCUCUCUCUCUCUACCAUGAAGAUGAUGAGGUUGCUCUUAAUCUCAGUGGCAACAUUCUGUGCCAUUGUCUCUACUGUGAGCUCUUCUUGUUCCCCAUCAGACCUAGCAGCACUUCAAUCCAUCAGAACCGGACUCACCGAUUCCUCAUUGGGCAUCUUCAACUCCUGGGUCGGAACCGAUUGCUGCGUAAACUGGUACGGAGUCAGCUGCGAUCCCACAACCGGCCGAGUCGUCGACAUUAAUCUCCGAGGCGAAUCGGAGGACCCCAUACUCAAGAAAUCCGGUCAGUCCGGGUUCAUGUCAGGAUCUAUCUCGCCCAAAAUUUGCAGCCUCGACCGCCUCACUACCCUCGUUCUCGCUGACUGGAAGGGGGUCACCGGUGAGAUCCCCCAAUGCCUCACCACCCUCUCCAACCUCCGAGUUCUCGAUCUCGUCGGAAACAAGAUUUCGGGCAAGAUUCCGGCCGAUAUCGGCAACCUCAAGAUGCUCAGAGUCCUCAACCUCGCCGAUAACCAGAUCUCCGGUAAGAUUCCGGCGAGUCUCGUUGGCCUCUCCGGGCUAAUGCACAUGGACCUCAGCAACAACCAAAUCACGGGCGAGUUACCGGCCGAUUUCGGAAAACUCAAGAUGCUGAGCCGGGCUCUGCUGAACCGAAACCAGCUCACCGGGUCGAUCCCCGAUUCCAUUGGCAACAUGAACCGGUUGGCCGACCUGGACCUGUCCAGGAACCAAAUGUGGGGUUCCGUACCGGACUGUCUUGGGAAAAUGCAGGUUCUUUCGACGUUGAAUUUGGACGGAAACAAGUUUUCGGGUCAAUUGCCAGCGUCCGUUUUGAGCAAUCGGGGUAUGGGGAUCUUAAAUUUGAGCCGAAAUGGGUUCGAAGGUAACAUACCGGACGUUUUCCACGGAAAUUCGUACUUCAUGGCACUGGAUUUAUCGUACAACAAUUUAAAGGGCCCGAUACCCGGUUCAUUAUCGGCGGCGAAAUAUAUCGGGCACUUGGAUCUCAGCCACAACCACCUGUGCGGGGCGAUUCCUGUGGGGAACCCGUUCGAUCACCUGGAAGUGUCGUCGUUUACCAACAAUGAUUGCCUCUGCGGGAACCCGCUGAGUACUUGUUGAUCGUGUGGAUUCGGCCGGUAUGGAUUGUAUAAGUUAUCGUACCGGUUUCGUUUCACUCCGAAGUUCCGGGCAUAUGCACUUUUUUUAUAUAAUUUUUUUUUUAAUUUUAUAAAAAAAGUAUUAAGUUCUAUUUCUAUAUAAUUUGGUUGAAAGGAUAAAGAAAAAGGCAGAAAUGCAUAUGCAUGCACGUGAAAUAGAGCAUCAAGUACAAUAUCUUUUUCAUAAGAUUGAGAGAGAGAUAUUUGUAAUGUAUUAUUUAUAUAUUGUGUAUUAUUUGCAUGGGAAAUGGUAUUAUCUACUUGGUAAUCUCAAAUGCUUAAAAA